AUGACUUUCUACACUUUUGGAAACGUUACACCAGCGCUUUCUCGUCGAGAUGACAUUGAGGAGAUCAUGCGUGAUUGGGAAGAGAGGUAUUCGACUUAUACUGCAACAUCAAUAUUCAUCACAACAUUCAAUGUCAAUGGCCGAAUGCCAGCACUUGAAGAUUUGUCGAAUUGGUUAGCUUGUAGUAGCGCAUCUGCACCAGAUUUUUACGUUGUUGGAUUACAAGAAAUGGAUCUUUCUCCUCAGGCAUUCCUCAUGAAUACUUCAGCACGUCAUUCUGGAUGGCAGAUUGUCAUCCAAAAGUCUCUUCCUAAUUCCACCGGCUAUAUUCUAGUCCAAGAAGUACGCUUAGUUGGCAUUCUGUUGAUGAUUUAUCGUCGCAUUGAUUGUAGAGUUCGAGUUGAUGAUGCAGCUACUGAUGUUGAAAUUGUGCCGACUGGUUUCCCAUUAUUGGGUCGUAUGGGCAAUAAGGGUGGUGUGGCAGUCAGUUUGCAGAUUAAUGAUAGCUAUCUUUGUUUCGUGAAUUCUCAUUUUGCUGCCGGACAGGAAGAAUCGGAAAAGCGAAAUCAAGAUUACAGGGAAAUAUCGCAGAUUCGUUUUCCGAAAAGCAAUAGAAGUUUGUUUGAUCACGAUGUAAUAUUCUGGUUUGGUGAUAUGAAUUUUCGUCUGGAAAGUAAUAAUGAUUUGAGUAAUGACGAUUUCCGGCGUCUCUGCGCUGACGAGAAUACAUUUAGAGAUAUGAUAAUAUUUGACCAGCUAAAGAAACAGAAAAUGCUUAAUCAUAUAUUUGCCGAUUUUAAAGAACCAGAUGUUUUGAAUUUCCGUCCCACAUAUAAGUAUGACCCUGGAACAACAAGAUGGGAUACCAGUGAGAAAUGUCGUUGUCCAGCUUGGUGUGAUCGAAUUUUAUGGUGGCAUCGUGAUGGAGUGAAUAUCCGGCAACAAUUCUAUGAAAGUGUAGAAUCAGUGGUGUUUUCAGACCAUAAACCAGUGCGGUCCAUAUUUCAUGUAGGAAUACGAAGUGUCGAUGAAGCUAAACGGGAUGCUUGUUUAGAAGAAGCUAUACGAGAAGCAGAUCGCCGUGCUAAUGAGGCACUUCCACAAAUUGAGUUAUCACAAAACGAAGUGGAUUUCGGCAAAGUAUAUUUUUUUCAAAGUACAUCCAGGAUACUAACAAUUAAAAAUACGGGUAAAACAAAAAUUUCGUUUUCGUUUGGUGCGAGACCAAAUCGUGCUGAACUUUGUGAACCUUGGCUAUCUGUUACACCGCCCAAUUCGAGGCUUCAACCGGGUGCCUCCUGUACCAUUAGUUUGCAGAUUUUGAUUGAUAAGGGAGUAGCAUGGACAAUAAGUGAAGAUGGAAAGCUAUCAGAAAUUCUGGUACUUCAAUUGCAUCACGGGAGGCAUUAUUUUGUCACUGUUUCGGCCGAAUAUCAACACAGCUCUUUUGGUUCAUCGUUUAUUCACUUAAUUCACAAGGAAAAAAAGGAAACAUCUGCAUUUGAACUCGUUAAUCUGACUUUUAAUCGUACAACAGUUAUAUCCGCUGUUAUGGCUGGCGUACCGGAAUCUGUUUUUCGGAUAGGUGAAGCAUUAAAACAUAAUGGUUUAGAAAAAAUAUGUUUCGAUGAUUCUUCUGCGCAUAGCGAAUUCAUAGCAUUAAGAAAUGCUUUGGAUACUGGAAAACCAGUAAAUUUGUUUGAAGCUUGCAAAUCAGCUUUCAGUAUGUAUGACGCUUUGCUGACACUUAUCACUUCCUUCAAAGAAUCUAUAAUACCUCCAGCUUUACAAACAGAAUGUUUGCGGGUAGCCGGUGAUAUCGGUAGAUGUUGGUCUUGUAUCGAAAAAUUUCCUAUCGAAAAUCGCAACAUGUUUAUUUAUUUUAUUGGUUUUGUUACGGAGCUGAUGAUACAGAAUAGCACUGCUAGUACUCAAACGCAGUUGCUAGCGGAUAUUAUAUUCAAACAACCGACUGGUCAGGACGGUUAUUUGCAACGCUUGAAAUUUCUGGAAACAUUUAUAUUGGGAAAUCAAGAAGGUAGCAGAAGUGCCCCUGCACAUUGCCAGCAUGAUGCUGAUCUCAUUGUUUUGUGA